AUGCCUUUCGUGCAGCGCGUCGUCGAACCGCGCGAUUUGAGCAAAACGAGUUUAAAGGAUGAAAGAGGCAGAAAUUUAGUGGAAGACGAUGAAUUGCAAGCCGUCGCCAAUAACACUUUGAGCAACGCUCUGAGACAGUUGGCUUCUUUGGUCUUAGCCGCAACCGAUGUCUUCGCCGAACUCACGGUGCAACUGGAUGAUGUCGGGGAACGGUCGAAGGCGCUCAAGACGCGCAUGGACGCCAUCGAGGUGGCCGUCAGAGGAUACGACCCGAAGAAAGUCCCAGUCCGAAUGUAA